UCUUCAAACCCCAUCAUACUCUCUCCAUUAACUCCAUCCGAACUCCUCCAAUACAUUGUCACUCGCCACAGAUACCCAACCACGGUCCUCAUCGGAUGGCCCAAACACACAUUCGUCGACGCUCUCAUCGAGGACGUCAACCUGCAGCUCCAUCUCCAGGCACAAACAGCAGCCGAAAAGGACGACAGGAUUAACAAGGAAGAAGGAGAAGAAGAAGAAGAAUUAUUAUCAGACAAACCUCCAACUCACCCUCUGCAGCGCAAGACUCUGCUUCAAACCGCCGUCUCACGCCACAUCCGCCUCUUAUUCGUCCCCAGCAGCACUCAUCUCCGCGCAUUCCUCGGUACCUUUUCCGCCUCAGAUUCCAAAAUUCCAUCUCCACCGCCAUCAUCAUCGCCAGACACGAAUGAUUCUGGUCCGCCAAUGCUCAUUGUCUACGGCCUGCUGGAACUCCACCGUGACAGCGUCGAGUGGUCGGCCCAAGGCAUCGGCACCACGGCAACAUAUCUUAUCGAGGCCGCGGCGAGAAACGCCCUUAGAGCGGCGGUGGUAGAACCCAGAGGGGCAAUGGGAUUUGAAGCUCUGGACGAGUUUCUAGCGGAAAAGCUGCCCGUUUUGAGUGGCACUGCUAUGAAGAGUGAUGGAACGUGGAGUGGACGCACAGUUGCUGUGGAAAGAGUGCUUGCUCGCUGGUUCGAAUUUGAGCGGCAGGAGAAA